AGCAGGUGUCUUGUACAGGUGUUCAGUCGGCUAGUGGCGCGUAUUCGCGUGUCCGGUAUAUACGCUAUUCUCUCGGCACGAUAAAGUAUUUUACCGAUGUUGAAUAAAUAUAUAAAAAAAAGUGCGUGAAAUUUUUAUUUCAAAUCCAUAAAAAUGUCUCGAUCAUGGUGUGAAGUGAUAGAUUCGAAAUAUCGUGAAAGGUGAUUAUUGCUAAGAGUAAAAUUUUCACACGAAAGAUUGGCGGCCGACAUCGCGGGUUAUAUUGCAGUUGGAUAUUAUGCUAAUCACAUUACGGUCAGAAUGCGGGAGGAAGAACUUGAGAUAUCACUCAAGGUGGUGAUAGUCGGUAAUGGUGCUGUGGGGAAAUCGUCGAUGAUCCAAAGGUUUUGCAAGGGCACUUACACGAGAGACUAUAAGAAGACCAUCGGUGUCGAUUUUCUGGAACGGGAGAUAGAGGUGGAUGGCGAGGACGUAAGACUGAUGCUGUGGGAUACUGCCGGUCAGGAGGAAUUCGACGCAAUCACUGCGGCUUAUUAUCGCGGCGCCCAUGCCUGCGUCCUCGCUUAUUCAGCCACGGACAGAGAUUCCUUCGACGCCAUUCCUUCGUGGAAAUUGAAGGUGGAGAACGAGUGCGGCGAAAUUCCCACGGUUCUUGUACAAAACAAAAUGGACCUCGUUGAUCAGUGCGUCAUUGAUCCGGACGAAGCUGAGAGACUUGGUCGUGCCCUCGGCUGUAAGCUUUUAAGAACAUCCGUGAAAGAGGACGUCGGAGUCAUGAGCGUCUUCCGGCACUUGGCAUCAAGAUGUCUCCAUGAGAUGCGUCGCUGUGACGACGAUUAUCAGGACGACCUGAGAUUAUACUCGGCCGGACCUAGAUCUCCUUCCGUAAUAAGUGCAUUUAGUCCGAAUGGGUCCACGUGUGGUCGGAGUACAGGGAAUGGUACCAUAGUUUUGCGACCAGGAACCAAGGCAAAGAAUCAUAAGAAAAAAAAUUUUGUAAAAAACGCUUGUAGGCUACUUUAGUCUUUGCGUGGAUAAAUACGCGAUAAAUUGUAACGAAUACUUCAACCAUGUACAGACUGAUAUAUUCAUAUUUAUGAAGAUAUAAAUAGCUUUUGUACGAUUGUUUCGAUGCCUAUAAAAUUGGUUUUAGGAUUGUUAUGAAAUACGCACAGUAUUUUACGCAGAGUAUCAAAGAUAUAACGAGAAAAAUUGAAUGCGAUUAAUUUUGAACAGUAUUGCGUGUAUUAAUUUGUGAUACACAUUUCCUUCGACAAACGAUUAUAGAAGAGCUGCCACUUCAUAGUUCGCUUUAACUUAUUUCAAUUAUGCAUUAUUAUUACGCAGUGUUUGUUAAUUAUGAAUGAAAAAAAUAUCAGUUUAACUAAAUACUGCUUAGUUAGAUACUUUUAUUAAAUAAAAUGUGAAAAAUAUAGAAGGUAUAUAAAGUACGAGAUAAAAAGAAGAGUAUAAUUUGUUUAAAGUAAUAACCGAAUGUAAUUGAAUAAUUUUUUAUACCGAAAGGACAAUAUAUUUUUUUAUACAUUCACUUUUUAUUAUUGAAUACUAUCAAUUUUUCUAUUAUCUUCGAUACUAUUACGAUCAUGUGUAAAUACGUCAAUUUUUAAGCACUUUAUUGUUUUAAAUGUUUCCUGUAUUAAGUACUUUUUAUAUUUGUGUUAAGAACAUGGAAUAUUUUUUAUGUUUCUGUAAAUAUAUUAUUCGUAUGAACGCUGGAGAUGAACAUAGUGUUUUUUAUAUGAGUCAUAUAGUAAAUUACUAAACUAUAAGUCUAUAAUUAAAAGAAUUAAAUCACUCCACACAAAUUCUUAGAAAAUAUUAGUGACAUUAAUUUAUAUGUAAACAAAUAAUGUUAACCAAAUAUUUUAGUUUAUAAGGAAGAAAAUAUUAUGUUGAUAAACAAUACCUUUUUGUGAAUUAUAAUUAUUAAAUAUCAUAAAAAUAAUUUUUAAGGAAUCUAUUUUAAUUAAUACCCUAAAAAAAUUGUGAUAAAUUUAAAAAGGAAAAUAAAUAUCAGAAAGCGUACAAAAAGUGUACUAUUUAAAUUUUAAUCUAUUUUGCUCUAUUUAAAUUAUAUGUAUUAUACUAUUGUAAGUAAUUUCAUUGUGUAAAAAAAUAGAUAUUAGCAAAAAUUGAAUUCCUAUCCGAAUGUUUUUAUUAUAAACUGUACAAUGCUUCAGAAUUUCAAGUUCAUAUUAAAACUAAAAUGCACUAGAUUUAAAGCAUAAUUUAAUUAAACCUAUAAAAAAAAAAAGUAAAUAAUAAACAUACGCGAUUAAAAUAGCCUGGCAGUAUGCUAGCAUAUUAUAAAUAUUAGUGAUAUUUUUAAUGGUAAGAUAAUUACGUAAAUAAUAUAAAAUAAAAAAAUAAUUAAUUCUCAGCUAAAUUGAACAACUUUUAAAAAUACCAAACUGUAUAUAAAUUUCUUAUUUAUAUCAUAACGAAUAUAAUAUGAAAGAAAUUGCAUAAAUUUUGUAGUAAAUGCGAUAAUUCUGUCUACAAUAGUAAAAUUAAAAUAUUUAAAAUACGAAAAUUUAAACUCACAUUUCUAAUAUAAUUAAAAUUUAUAUGUAAUUUUUACUAAUAUUUCAUAGUUUUUUUUAUAGUAGGAAGCACUAUUAUUUUUAAGUGGUCAAUAUAAUAAGUUAUUGUAGGAUAGGCAUAUUAUAAUGACUAAAAGCAAUCACAUAUAUACAUAUAAUAUCCACACAAAGAUUAAAUCGCACAAAAUUUUAAUAAUGUGUAUAUAUAUACAUUCUGUUCUGUCGCAUAUACAAGGUGUACAAAAACGUAAGAAGUAAGUAAAGUAAAAAAAAAGGUAAGUAAAUAAACUUGAGCCUAAAAAUAGUUAGUUUUUGAAUUACUAAAUGUUUUUGUCAAUAACAUAUUUAUUCUGCAGCAUAUAUUUAAUAUGAUUCCCGUUCAUUAUUCAUUUUAACACAUAUUUUGGUUCUUUGAUAGAAUCGAUAGUUUCGUUCUUUUGAUAGAAUCACGCACACAAUGAAAGAUGCCCUUCCCUUAUUUCUUGGCAGCAGUUAUCGAUUUGUUAUAUCAAUUCAUUUAACAAAGCAACUGGUUUACUAUACACUAUACUUU